AAUAAAACAAAGCAAAACAAAAAAACACAUAUCCUGUGCAGUGAUUAUCACAUUAGUGAUAAUGUCUGAAUUAUUAAAUUUCAGUCACUUUUUGUUCCAGUUCCAUUUUCUGAAAAUAGAGGAGGUCGGGAUUUUACUUUGGGAAACACUGGGUUUGGUCUUUGAUAGAGGAAUUAGUAAAAAUCUUUAUUUUUGAUUAAUGGGAAAGCAUCUGAAUGGGAAACUCACAACACAUUCCUCCUGAAAUUAUAGGCACCUGUCUGUAUCAGUAAUACCUCAAUCAUUAAAGUCUUAAUAUAAAAUCACUCGUUAUUCACACAAACAAAAAAUGCUUAAAUUCAAGAAACAUAGCUAAGUUAAUAUUACUUGUGUUGAAAUGACUUCCUACAAGAAAACAGUUCUAUUAAAUGAAGGCUUCUAUAACAUUAGGUAUCAGUAACAGUUGUAGAUGUCUUUAUGUGGGUGUUCAUGCACCAUUUCACUCACACAGGCAGAACUGCUUGAAAGACAGCAAAUUUUUAUCUCAGGUUCUUUAUCUCUCACCUUGUCAUGGUUACAAGAAGUGAUAUGAGAUUCAUUUUUUUUUUUAAGCCAAGUUAUUACAGAUUAAUCAAAAUAUAUUUUAGGAGCAUUUAAUGUGUAUGCAAGCUCAUGUUGGCCUAUGCUCAUAACUUACCAAAGUCUAAAAGUAUUCUCAUUGGCUUCACUGGGUUUUAAACCAUCAUCUAAUGUACUGUAGCAUAAAAUGCAUCUCAGAAUGUCCUGAUUUAAAUUUGGAUUUUAUAAGCUUUUCAAUUGCUUCAAAAAUGGAGAGGUUUACUUCUCCAUAGAAGGUCAGUCUAGGGGACUGAAUCUGAAGCCUUUAGUCACAUAUGUCAAUAACGCUGCUCAUAGCAAUGACUCAUAUGUUGCAGAUUAUUGGAUUAAGACCCGGAGAGAUGUAUUUACACGUUGACUGACACAUUUUAGCACUCACUGUGAGGACUAAUAGGAGGUGAUAUGCUAGUGAUUGUUAAGGGAUGGAAAAAAUAUAAAGUUAGCUUAAGGUUCCAACAAAUGCAGGCCUGUGAAACUCUUGAAAAGUUCAAGGUAACCUCAUCUCCCAGAUGAGUACACAAUGAGAACAUUUAUUACAUUUUUAGGCUUUGGAGCUUCAAGUAGAAAUAUAGCUCUGGCAUUUCAGAGUCUAUCACAGAAUAAAAGGAAGAGAAAAAGUAGUUAAAACCUCAAUAUCUUAUUAAAAAAUCGGUUGCAUUUUGCUCUCUAAGUAUUUCUUGAAGUUAAUAGUAAAAUUUUUAAUGUUUUUUUCUUUUUACUUUCUAAUACUCUAGGAAAUGAACUUCAUUAAAUUCUUUUGUACUAAUUUUUCUCAUUUCUUCUUCUCUCCCCCUUUUUCCUUUGCUGCCUGUCUACUGUCUGACCAUCUGGAUCCUUAUCCAUCAUAUCUGUCUGCUCUACUCUCCAUCUACCGAAUGAACUUGGGUUCUUUAAAUGUAAUUGUUGGUAGCAAGAGCUGAAGUGAUCUCUAGCUCAAGAUCUCAGAUAUUCUCAGUUUCUUCUGGUAAAGGGUCCAGCAAUGAUAACAACUUAAAUGAUAACAACUCAGAUUCUUCCUAUCUUCCUGACAAUCAUAAAGGCAUAGGAGGAAAUCAGACAGUUAAUCGGGAAGACUUAUCUGUGGCACAGUUUGAAGAUGACAUUGAGAAGUCUGUUCACCUUAAUCAAGAUGGCAGUAUGACAGUGGAAAUGAAAGUUCGAUUCAAAAUUAAGGAGGAAGAAACUAUUAAAUGGACAACGACUGUAAGUCGUGCUGGCCUUUCUGAUGAAAAAAAUGCCACCAUUUCCAAUUCUGUGAUGGGUGCAGAAGACUGCUUAUCUGGUGUAAAUGUAUCAGAAUGUAUAAAACAAAAGGAUGCUCCAUUUAUGGACAGCUACGGUAAAGAAGAACGAGAAUCAUUAAAACAACGCCAUACCGAAGUCUCAGAUAAAGAAUCAGAGUCUGAUUUAAAAAUGGAUGAUUAUAAUAUCUGUCAGAGGAACAAUUCUGCAGAUCUAGAUGUAAGUGAUGUGCCUGAGGAAAAUAUCAGACCUCGUUUUUAUAGGCCUCCCACCCCUGGGCCAAGACGUGUUAGAAAAAAGAAAGCUGUAGUUGAAAGUGUCACCUUAGUUUCUGAGAAAGAGGUCCAGGAGAAGACAAUAGGACAGUUUUCCUACAGUGAGGAAAUACAGAGUGGAGAAAAUAAAUCUGAGUAUUGCAUGGUAGCACAAUCAAGCACAAAAAAAUCAAGUGUCAGUAAUCCAAAGAUUAGUGAGAUGAGUGACAAUGACUUAUUAAAGCUUUCUUCAGAGAAUAUAAAAGAAGAAAUGCUUUUUAAAGUAAGGCACAAAAGCCAUGAUUUAAUCAGAACCACAAAUAGGAAGACGUUAGAUGUACCUGAUGAGCCUGAAUUGGUACAGAAUGUAUUAGAGAAAUCAGUUAUGGAACAAGGUACAUAUAAUAGUUUAGUAUCAACCUGCAAUGCCAACAUCAGUGGUUUCAUGCCAUCAUCAAAAAUAUGCAAGACAGCCAGGCCAGUUUCAGCAGACCAUAUUCAUGAGUUAUGUGAUAUGAAACAAAUAAGAAGAUCUCUCAGCUCUUACAUUAGAUAUUCAGAAUUUUCUCAGUUGGAAAAUGAAGAAAUAAAAUGCAAAACUUCUGAUUUAUUAACUUUUUCUCAAGAUUCAUUGCAUUCAGCCUGUCAUGGUCAUAAUCAGAUGGAGAUGGUGGCACCUCCAUGUAGUAAAACACCUACUGAGAAAAUAAAUCCAACAACUGGAUUCUUUCCUACUGCUAAUGAAACUGAGAAUCAAAACAAUGUCUGGUCUGAAUCUGUGAUGGCAUCACAUCUGACUGGUGAAAGCCCAACUGCAUCUUCCCUCACCAAGAAGAAGAAGAAGAAGAGAAAAUCAUUAUCCAAUUUUCUAGAGCAAGAGGUAUAUGGAAAUCAAAAAGAUACAGAAUUUUCAGGGAUAAUUAGAAGUGAGGGAACACUUAUCACAAGCAAAACAACACAAGUUUCUGCAACCGAAACUACAGAUAACUGUUCUGACAUGCUUCAGAAAAAAAGAAAUGAAUUACUUAUAAAAAACAAAGGUGGAUCUGCCAGUUCAGACAAAAGCAAGUGUCCUGAAGAUGACAUGUAUCACCCUGAUUCAGUGGAAGAAAGUGGAAUAUCAUCAUCUAAUAAGAAACCAAGAGCUAAAAGGCAGUUGACUGAGGUAAAAUUGAAGUCAGGCAAAAAAGAUAGUUCCCUUUUGUCUGCAAAAAGUGAAGAUGGCCUAAGUUCAGUUGAUUCAAGAACUGAAACUGAAAACAGCCAGGAUGAAUUGAGUCCUGCAAAAGAAGGCAAACAUCUUCUUGAACAGACACCUAACUCAGCAACGAUUUCAAAUCCAUUGUCAGAAGUGCGUAAGGAUCAUAAUGUAGAAAAAGAAAAGGAGAAUGUUUUGGAAAAUUUAGCAUCAAAGAAAGAGAAAAAACAAAAGAAGAAAAAUCUAAGUAAAAGUAAAAAUAAAUUAAGCAUGUCAGACAGUGCUAUUACACUAGAGGCUCUGAAACAGGAGUAUUUUAAAGAGGAUGUUGUUGAACAUUCACUUGAAAACUAUGUCCAAAGUUGGCUGAAAAACCUGUCACCAAAUGCUGUCUUGCCCCCUAUACACAAAAAGGAUGGGAAUGUAAAUAAUAGUGACAACUGUCAUUUUUCUAAAGAAAAGAUUGAUGCUCUUAUAGAUAAAGAAGAUAGAUAUAUUACCAAUAAAGUACAUAUGAUUGGAAAGAAACACCUGUUUGAACAUAAUCUAACAAAAAAACAAUUAAAGCCUCUUUUUGAAUUGGAAACUCCAGAAGAAUCACCCAAACAGUCAAGUGGAAAGCAAAAUGACUCUUUGAUUCAUGACAAUACAACAGUAGUAGAAGAUGCCAAGUAUUUACUACAGUCAGAAUUUCAUCAUGCUAGUAAACUACACUUGUUUCAUGAAACACAUGUCAGUGAUAAAAAGGUGUCAGAGGAUGAUAUUCAAGACACCAAUGUAUGUCAGAGAGAAAGAUCUGACGUUGCUGUUCAAGUUGAUUGUACAAUUGGCAAUGAGAAAAUCGGAACUGAUGUUCAGAAUAAUUGCAUGUCUAGUAUUUUGCUCCAUGAGUUGCAAUCAACUUUGCUUGGUCUCCAGAAAGAACACACUGGAUGUAUAGAAAAAACAUGCAGUCUUCCAGAUCUUUCUCUGCCAGUUUUUGGUUCUUCCUCCAACCUCCUCCUAGCGUGGUUACUAAUACUGAGUCUGAGAGAGAAUUUGAUUGGCACAAUCAAAGAUGAUAUUCAAAAAGCUACCUGUAGCUGUUCUGAAAUCUUAACGCAAUUACAAUUCCUGAAACAAGCAACGGUGUUAGAAAAAGUUGAUGAACUGAAGGCUGCUUUCUCACAUUUUCAACAAUCAACAGAAAAUAACUUAUUACAAUCUGGGAAGGAACACAGAAAGCAAGAUGUCACAUGUUGCCAUGAAAAUAUGCCUAUAUCUGAAAUUCAUAAUGUUAUACAUUUGCAUGAAGAUGAAAAAUCAGAUAAACCUUGUAUUGCAAAGGACAGUUUGAAUACUGAUGAAGUGUUAAAAUUGUCUGGUGAUUUAGAAAGCUGUUCUGAUACACAGGAAGAGGUUUGUAGAGCAACAGAGGUUUCAGAAUUGAGUGCUCCCAGAACAGAGCUAGAUGAUCAAUAUGCCAGUACUGCUUCAACUAAACGUAGCCUUCCAUCAGCUAUAGAGCUACCUGAAGCAGAUGAAGAAAAGGCUUAUAACCCACAUAAAAAUCCUCAAGAUAACACUGAUGCAUCAUUCGUUAAUGAAGAGUCAGAUACUUCAAUAGAACCUAAUUCAACAAUUCACAGUGUAACUUCUAAUGAUAAAAAUUGUGUUUUAGAUAAGGAUACUUCCGAGAUAGAAUGUGAUGAAGAUAUUACGCAUAUUAUUACUGAUAAUAGGGAAGAUGAGAUAGUUGAUCCAAAUUUGAAUGACAAAAAAGCAAAUAACCAACUUAAACAAGGUGCUGACACCCAUGUAAAAUAUAGUUACGAGGAUUAUUCUGUACAGGAAGGGAAGGAAGACACAGAAACUUGUGAAGAAACCUCUGACAGGUUAUCUACAAACUCUCCAUUAUCUUUUUGUUAUGAAUCUAAGCAAAUUACAGAAUAUGAUAUGAGUGAAGGAGAACAGAAAUUGCAAGUAGAAGAACAGGAGAACAGAACAUGUUCAGAACCUUCUCAAUUGAAAAAAUGUUUAAAAAGCCCUGCUACUUCGGAUUGGUCAGAUUACAGACCAGAUACUGAAGAGAGCGAUUAUAACUUUAGAGCAUCCAGUGAUUUGACCAAUGAAAGUGGGGAGGAAGCAGAGCUUGAAAAACAUUAUAAUACUGGCUAUGUACAAAGAACUAUUGAACGUCUUUAUGGUAAGACAGAAACUGCAUUUAAGCCUGACUUUCAGAAGGGAUAUCCUUAUAUGUCCAAAGUACUACAGAAAGAUACUGAAGAAUUCCACUCUAAAGGGGUGACAAAAACCACUAUUUUUAUCCAAGAAUCUAGGUCUCUUUCUGCAGAUAAUUUUUCACAUUCUUCACUGCAAUCACAAGAAUUUCCAGAAAUCAUUAACAAAGAUGACACUGUAUGGAAAAGAGAAAAUAUUGGUUCGCCAAUAGAACAACCUACAUUUAAUGGAGAAGAGACAAAUUCUACUGAUAACUAUUCAGGAGAAUUUCCGAAGAAACCUUGUCACUUUAGUGCACAUGCUAAAGAAGAUGAAGGAGUAUUGAUUGAUAAAGGCAAAUGGCUUCUCAAAGAAAAUCAUUUGAUAAGAAGAUCACCACCUGAGCAGACUGGAAUGUAUGGCAAUUUGGAUACAACAUCAACAGACACAAUCCUUGAUACUAAUGGCGAUGAUGCUCCGUACUCGCAUUUUGGCAGUCUGAAUCAGUACCCAGUCCUCAAUGAAAUCUCUUCUUCAGAGCUUGAAGACAUGGUAAGACCCUCUAAAAAUUUUUGCAACUACUUCAAUAUACCUCACAGCAGUGAUUCAGACCCUUUACAGGAUGACUUAAGUACAAAAAGCAAACCUAGCCUCAGUGGUAAAACAAGCUCUCUUCCUGUAGGAAACAAAGAGAAGAUCAAACCUUCAGCCACAGUAUGUUCCACUUCCACUCAUCUUUCCACAGAGGUUGAUACCAAUUUUCCAGCUUUUGCAUCUGUAGAAUUUAGAUUGCCUGAUAACAAGGUGCAUCCAUUGGAGCAGCCUUUGAAUGAUGAACCCAUACAAUCUCAGCCAACUGAUGAUAGUAAUGCUAACAGAAGUGCUCUUCAGGAAGAAGAUUCUCUGGAUAAGCUCCAUGCUAUAUGUGGCCAACAUUGUCCAAUACUGAUGGUGAUGGUAACACCAGUUAAUGAGGAACAAAGAGGAUAUGCUUACCAAAAAGCAUCUGAUAUUGAGAACCAGCUAGAUCUAUGUUUGUUGACCAAAAAUAUCGAACAUUUGCAAUGGUCAGGCAAAAAUUUAGUAACAAAUGAAAAUAACUGUGUGAACCUGAAGAACAGCUUAAUCAAUAAGAUUGCCAAUAGUAUUUUUAAUAGGUUUAAUGCUAGUAACACCCUAGAUUUUAUUAGUAACAUUAGGAUAAUGACAUCUUCCACUCUGAAAAAUGAGAUCAUUUCAGAGACAUUACAUAGCAUUGGGGAUGUGAAAGCAAAGCCUAUGGUAAUUAGCAGAUGUCAAAACAAUGUAUCCACGCACAUACGCAGUGAUCAUAUUGUAGGCACAAAUAAUGAGCCAAGCAAUAUAAAGCCAAAAAUGUGCCAAGAAUUAAGGAUAAACAGAAAUGAUGUUGUUGGAGAAAAAUUGUCACCCACAUUACAGGAUCCAGUAGAAACUUGUCAAUCUGAAAUAUUUCUGAAAUGUGACACUUCUUUAAAUAAUAUUGAGCACAAUGCCUCUGAAAAUACAAAAAAUGAAAAUGCCUUUCCUACAGAAGAUGAAGAAGAGGAGGAAGAAGUUUACAUUUGUGCAAUUGAGAAUGGAUGCAGCAAAUACAAGAAAGACACAUCAUAGUGAUCUUGGAAGUUCUGUAACAUCAGAUCAGUGACAACGUCUUCCGUAAAAAUAUUCACAAAUUGAACCGCUACAUGUCACAGCCAAUGAAACUCCCAGUGAGAAUACACACAGAUAAAUAUAAAUCACAAUUGUAUAUAAUUGCUGAAAUACAGAUAAUUAUUUAGAUUUUUUUUUGUGGGAAACAUUAUAGAAAAUAAAAAGAAACUGUUCUAAGAUGACAAUUUCUCAGUUAAAAAUUUGCUUUCCUCUAAAUGUUAUUUGUAUUAGUAGUAUACCAACCUCUUUAGAGAAACAACUACUGGUUGUUAGAGCAAAGAACUAACAUUUUAAAUACCUUCUUAAGUUUAAAUAAGAUGUCUGUAUUUCAUGAAAUUUGAGAAAUGGUUUGAUAAUUAUCAUUCAGUGUAAAUGCUUAGUCCAGAACUAAAUCAACUGUAACGUUUAAUUUGAAAAGAAAAGUAGGAAAUACUAUUCUAAUACUGUAUUGCAAUGAAAAGUAAGAAUCGGUAGUCAUAUUAGUUUUAUGCAGAUUAUCAUUAUCAAACAGCUAUUUCAGUUUUUAAAGCCAAAUUCAGAGUAAUUAAGUGAAUAAAGAAGCCUUUCAGUCUAUUUAUAGGAAGGUCCGGACUCCAAGUGAAAUUUGCCUCUUUUAUCCUCUCUAGUAGGAUACUAGAAAAGGAUCAUACCUUUUUUUCUACAGUUACAUAGGAUUGCACAGGAACUGUGAAAGGGAAACUGUGCAUCAAUGAACUUCCUGAUUGCUGUUGCCAUAUUCCCUUCAGAGGCAGCAUCACUUACUCCUAAAACUGUUCUACAUACUUUACAAGUGUUAACUGUGUGUUCUUUUUUUAACCUCUGUAUUUUGUUAUCCAUGUCUUUUUUUUCCUUCUUUCUAUAAAUAUGAAGAACUAUGAGAAUCUUUGGAAUAUUUAAUAUUAUUGUUAGUAUUAAUAAUAUUUUUCAGAGUCUGUCAAUCUGUUAUCAAAUCAUAUUAGAUACUUGUUUACAGCAUUUCUUAAUAUCCUGUCUGUGUAGUAUGCAUUUAUAUGUGGUUUACAAUUUUCAGUAAAUGAUUUUAAAUAUAAAAUUGGAAUAUAUAUAUAUAUUGUGAUGUGUAAGAGUAUUUCUUUCUUGUUAUUUGUUUUUGUUUUACUUUGUUUAGAUUUUAAUCCUUAAUACUGCACAUUUAAUAAAUGUCAAUAAAGUCAGAGGCAUACCUGAAGAAGGAAGGUGCUAUUUUUUCAAUUAGAGAAUAUGAAUUUGGUAUUCUGUACUCUUGGAGGCUGUGACUGGACUAACUGGCAGGUCUAUGCUGCCACAUACUGUGCUAUGGUCAUUCAGUUAUCAAGACUGGGAACCUAACCAAAGCCUGACACAAAUACCUUUUGGCUCAUGGGCCUUGAUUGUCUGCCUUUGGCAAACAGGGUACAUGGAGGAGAAGCAGAAUCAGGAUCUGGAGCAUAAGGGGUUUGCAGUACAGGUAGGGAAACAAAUAGCUCUUCAGUUCUUUUUAGGAGGCUAGUGGCAGGUGUAUUUCCUCAUAAAUUGUUGAUACAUUUCUGUCUUUUGAAGCAGUAUUAUAUGCUUGUAAUAAACGAAUGUUACAACCCUGAUGCAGUGUUGUGAUAUUGACUAAUAAAUUAAAUGCCAAGCAGCUGUGUCUUUAUCUGACG